AUGAAGUGCAUGGACGCUAUGGGGGAGUGGGGGGACCUCGUGAGCCUCUGCAACAGCAGCUGGGACCACAUCCACACCGUCGGCGGGGACCCGGCCGUCGCCAGGAAGGCCGCGACCAUGGCGGCGAGGGCGACUUGGAGCAUGGGCGACUGGGCUCACUUCGAGCAGUUCGUGGGCUUCACUGAGGAGAACGUGGUCGAAGGGGCCUACCUCAGGGCCGUCCUGGCGCUGAGAAAGGAAGACUUGGAGCAGUGCACCAGGUGA